GCGAGUGAGAGAUGCUCCAAGAAAACGAGGAGGAAAAGGACAGUUAUCUCCUGGACAAUUUACCGUUAUGUUAGAAGAACUUAGAAAAAGUUAAGAAUAGACACUCAGCUGGUGUAAUAAUCUCGUUUAACGGAUAUGGAAGUCCCUGGACAAAUAUAAUCAGAGACAUUUGUAAGCAGUAACUUCGGAUUCUGUACAGUCGGGAUGAAACUAGGGUUAUUCUGAGGUGAAGCUCCCGGUCUCUCUUGGCUGGAGUUGACGCCAGGACCAUUCUCUUCUGGAGUAAGAACUGAUAAGAUGGCAUGAGAGUCGCCCCAUGGAAGGCCUAAUGUUCGGCACGAGCCCGGUGGGGAUGCCCACAUGCAUCUUGCGCCUUUCAGGAUGCUGCACGUUCAUCCUUGGAAUAAUGAUGUUGGUUCCCAUGACGACGGCAGACGCACCUGCUAAAGACUGGCCAGUGAUGGCAUCCAGCUUGCCAAACCAGCUUCCCCUGGCAGUGCAGAACCAUGUCCCAGAACCAUCACCUGCCGCCUUACCAGCAUCAUUCACUGAGGCCUCCACCCAGACAGCCGUCCGUAUACCGGGGCAUUCCUCCUCCAUUGUUGCCCCCCUGCCUCCAGCCAAAGGUCUUGAAACAGAUGGCAGUAAACCAGUUCCCCUUAAAGCCUUCAUGCCCAGGUGGGACUCAGCUCCCCUUCAUGCUCCCCCACCUGCUGCCCCUGAAUCUGGGGAAGAGUCUGUGGAAGGGCCCCUGGAGGCCCCAGCCCGACGGCCCCGAGAACUGCAGCAGCCGUCAGUGCCUCUCUCUCAAAUCGUGCCCUCUUCAACAGCACAAUUGUGGUCCUCUUCUCCAUCAUCCGCUUCCUUUAUUGCUGUUGUAAUACCUGACCACAACAGCACCCAUGUGAGGCCUCCGAUGCCUCCCCCGGUGGAAACCCAGGCAACCAACUCCACCACCUCCUCAAUCCCAUCUGGCACCCAAGGACUAGAGGUCCCGCCUGCUGCCAUAACAACUGCCAAACCUCCUGUGGAACCUUCCGGUAGUGUAGAAGACCCCAGAGAUCACCAGUUGUCACCGAGCUUCAACCUGAAUAUACAGAAUGAUGAUGGCACUCCAGAAGAGAAUCUUAGCCAUGUACUGAUGGGGAACCACAAAGGGAUGACCACUUCGGUAGUGCCCACCAUGGGUCCCAUGGAAGACUUUUACCCAACCAACACCAUGGAGGCGGACUGGGGUUCUGGAGACUACCAGGAGACCAUGUCCUUCUUGGGAUCUGAGGGGGACGACUACUCCCUGGUCUCCAGUUUACCCUCAGACAUGUAUGACUUUGAGGACUCUAACUCAGAGGCCUACGACACCUCUUUCCCAACUCGCGCAGCUCUGGUGCCUUCUGGGACUCUUCUUACAAGGUAUCCCAAGGAAUCCAGCGUACUUCCGGAACUACACGUCACCAGAUCACCUGUUUUAACCAGCCCAGUACAGCCGGUCAUGCACAUGACCCGCACACCCAGUUUUACCAAUCCAGACCAGUAUGAUGCCCAUGUGACCAACUCUCCCAGUUCCAGAGCCACCAGUGUGUUGCCUGGCUCCCCUGGUCCUACCUUACUUUACAGUAGGCCAAAUAUAACCAGCCCUCCUAGUCAAACAACCACAGUUUCCAGCAUAAACAUGACAGCUUUGCCCACGUUCCCUCCUGGCUUUGCAGAGCCUUUCACCAAUUCAUCCAACGUCAACAUCUCAAAUCCUCCUCUAAUCAGGCCAACAGUGUUCAUGCCCCCUCCUGGUUCUUCCACAAAGUCACCAGUCUCCCCCCAAGACAGCGUGUCCAGCCUUGUGCCAGAUUGGUCAGACGGCGUGACCAUUGAGCCCACAGACCUCCUGCUGCCUGACAUGAACAGCCUGGAGUACUUCACCAUCCAGCAGACCAAAGAGCCCAGCAGGCUGCCAGAGCAAAGGCCCAACCACACCAGCCCUUCAUCCGGUAACUCCAUCACUCCCAUGCCCAUCCUGACCACUGGAGUUUUCACAGUGAAUCCAACUCAACUGUUUACUGCCUCAUUUGGUGAGGAGCUGCUCCCUGCCCACAACAGCUCUUGGCCCGAGGAAUCUUCAACGGAUACUUCAGGAUUUGAGCCACCGAGCUUUCCAACAUCGGAACCUGACCAGACGUCACAGCAAAAUACCACAUUUCUGGAUCCCUCCAUGGUGCUUACGCCCUCCAUGGAGCCCUCAGUGCCCAGCACAGAGUGGAGUCAGGGUGGGGGCUCUGAUUGGAUCAGCACUCCAUCAAUCCUGACAGCCCAAGUCAAUACUACAUCCCUGCAUACUCCUGUCCUGCCCUCAACUACACAUGGACAAUGGGACAUUACUCCAACUGUCUUGGAGACCCUGACCAAUGGUACCUCCCUCUUUCCUCCCAGUAUUAGCCCAUAUGUCACUGUUGGUUUAACCCCUGAGUCCUCCCAGUCAGACUCCAGUGCCACCACUUUCCCCUUUGCCCCUACACAUCCUGCCCCAAAUGCCACCACCAUCCCCCUAACCCCAAGACCUUUUACCCCCAAUGGAACAUCACUCACCGACAUGGCUGAUGAAGCCAUCACUAUGGGAACACCAUCCGACACCACAGCAACUGAGGAUACCCUGACAACCAUCAAUACCAACACAGCAUCGCUCAACAGGACUAUUCCCACAGCUGUAACCACUGUUCUAACCACGGUUCCUGACAUCCCUACUAAACCGCCAGCAGCUACCACCUCAAAACCUCCUCAGACCACCACCGUUCGAGAGUACCUGUGUAACAUCACCGACCCCGAGAACUAUCUGGUCAAAGUCGGUUUCUCAGCAGGGUCCACAGUUGGAUAUGCCAAAGCUAAGGUCCGUGAGAUCCUGAAGCCUGAGUUCAACCAAUCACUGGAGCUGCAGGUGUUGAAGGCUCCUCCAGACUUUGUGUUCCGGGUGGUGUCGGGUCCUAUUGUGUAUACGGCCAUCUCCGUUGUCAACGCACUGCGCCAGUCGCCCCGGGCAACCCGCAGCAUCCUCUAUGUGUCCCGUGUUAGCCCCACCCCCGGCCCACAAUACCAUUUACACACAGUGCUGCAGUUUGUUCCGAGUCACAUAGACGUGCGUAUGUGUACGUUCAGUGAAAAAAUAAAGAAGGGCCUGACAGCUGCCUAUGCAGAGGUCCGACGCCGAUCCCAAGAGUCCACCAACUUCACUGUGCAGAUUGUAAACAUCACCGUGAACGGCCUGCCCAAAGCCACGCGACAGCCACGGGCCCCAGUAGAUGUCGUGUUUUCGGUGCGCGAUGGCCGAGGCUACCUGGAGGGGGCAGAUGUGAGCGCACACCUGCGCAUCCUCAACAUGGUGGAGUUCAGCUACUACCUGGGCCUCCCAGUACUCCAGAUAGCCGAGCCUUUCCACUACCCAGAGCUCAACAUGACCCAGUUACUGCGCUCCUCAUGGGUGAGAACAGUCUUGUUGGGUGUGCUGGAACCACGGGUGACUGACCGGACGUUUCAGGCCAAGAUGGAGCGGUGUCUAGCUCAGAUACUGGGAGAGGCCCUGGGCAUCAGGAGAUUCAAGAGAGCCACCAGCAUAGGCAACAACAGUGUACAGAUUGUUCGGAUGACUCGUCUGUCUGGUCCUGACAGUCCUUUGGAGAUGAUCUACUUUGCAGAGGGAGCCAAUGGGGAGAGACUCCCGGCUGUUACUACGGCAACCACGCUCAACCGUCUGGACGUGCAGAGAGCGGCCAUCGUUUUGGGCUACCGUGUGCAGGGCAUCCUGGCACAGCCGGUGGAAAAGGUUGAUGGCUUCCCAGGCCAGCCGGUGGAGCCUCCAACCAGCACGUGGGUGGUGAUCGGGGUGGAUCCUGUGCAGGUCGUGGUCCUGAUCACCUAUCUCUACUGGAAGUUCUGUCGCACCGACAAGCUGGAGUUCCAGUCUGAUACCAUGGUAACGGGACCCCAGAGGCAGAAGCUCCAGGCUCCCAGUGUGAAGGGCUUUGACUUUGCCAAGCUGCACCUGGGCCAGCCCAGUAAGGACGACCUGAGGGUCAUCCAGGAGCCCCCGGCCCUCCCUCCGCCUUCCGCCUCCGCCUCCGUCGUCAAGGAUACCAGCACCUCGGAGAGCGGCGAGCCCGGUGGCUUCUCCUCUGCCAAGAGCGCCUCGCGUGUGGGACGCAAGAAAGGACGGAUCUCCCCGUCGGAUGGGGACUCUGUGGGCAGCGAUAGGUCCAGUGAGAAGGACUCGCCAGCAGGCCGCCUCAGGGGGUCAUCCGCCCCACACGACCCCAGACAGCCGCGCAAGAUGGUCGCCAACGGGCUCAAUGGCCCUCCGCCGAUGAGCGGACCCGAUGACCAGCUCUCCUCGGCGUCCAUCUUUGAGCAUGUGGACCGCAUGUCCCGUGCUGCGGAGGGGACCAAGCGCUUGACCAAUAAGAUCCAGCUGAUCGCCAUGCAACCGAUGCCGGCUCUGCCCACACACAGCCCGACAGUGGUGGACCGCGCCACCGAAAACGCCAAGAUAAACAAGGAGAUCCAGGUAGCGUUAAGGCACAAGUCGGAAAUCGAGCACCACCGCAACAAGAUCCGUUUGCGAGCCAAGAGGAAAGGCCACUACGACUUCCCCGCCAUGGACGACCUGACCGAUGGGGCCGGGGACCCCAAGGAGCAGGACCGCAUCUACCAGAAGGCCCAGCAGCAGAUCGACAAGAUCCUGGACCCGGACACGCACCUGCCCCCGCCCUUCACUGAGCCCAAGAAAAGUGGAAGAGGAAGGCGUUCUCCUAAGUCUAAGAAGAAGACGGGACAUCUGAACGGUGAAGCAGACCGGGACCAGCUCAUCACCGCUGAGACGGACGGAACAUACCGGAAGUACCCUGGAGUCAACAACUUCGCCUAUGUGUCUGACCACGAUCAGGCCCCUGACCCGUCCGACGACGUCUUCCUGUCGCCCAGCUCUCCCCCCCCGCCGGGCCACGCGCCCCCCCCUCCCCCGUACCUGCCGCCGCAGCCCAGCAUCGAGGAGGCGCGGCAGCAGAUGCACUCGCUCCUGGACAACGCCUUCGCCCUGGUCUCGCCCACCGCCGCCGCCACCACAGCUGGCAUCGCCACAGCUGGCAUCACGCUGCCCGGCGUGGGCAACGGCCACGCGCAACCCCCAGCCUCGAGCCCACCCUCCCGCGGCCCCCCCAGGCCCUGGGCCCCCUCCUACCCGACGCCGGGGCCCAUCUCGGGGAGGUAUGGUGGUGAUAUAGGACUUCCCCCUCCCUCUGUGCAGAGUGUUCUUCAAAGACAAGGCUUGGGUUCAGGAUAUUUGCCUUCAACUGGUGAAGGUGUGAGUGGGGAGCAGCCUGCAAUAGACAGCUUCACCAGUAGGGGGGGCUACAGUGAAGAACUGUCCUCAGCACGACCUAGACCUGUGGGAAGCACUGCAGGUGGUCAGCUUCAUCACCUAUCACAGGUGGGUCUGCCCACCCGUUUGAGCGUAAUGCCCCCUAGUGGACGUCUCGGUGCACCGCAGGCUGGCGGCUACAGCUGGAGUGCCUAUGACGAUGAGUUCUCCAAACCUGGCAACCUCCGGGAUGCUGCUCACCGCAUGGGAGUGAGGGAACCCUCCGCCCCACCCGCCCACCUGGACACCCCCGGCCUGGGCUACCCGUCGACCCCCGGCGCCCUUCAGGGGGAAGGCCUCCCAUCCACGCACUCCUCGGCCUCCCUCAUCAAGGCCAUCAGGGAGGAGCUCAUGCGCCUGUCCCAGAAACAGGCCUCCCUGCCCAGCUUCCACAGCUGAGGCUCGCCCCCCCUCUCUGGCCCCUAGCCCCUUCCAGAGACCCCAGAGCUGCCAGCACUGCUUCCCAUGGAAGCUGCCCUCCUUUGGGGGACAGGAUGGACUGAGGGUGGCCCUGGGGGUCUGGUCGUGGAUGAAAGAUGGGGGCAUCUGCACUGAGACUGAGACAAGUGACUGAGACAAGAUCAGAGAAAAGCAGGAAUUGAAGAAAAAUUGUAGCUUUGGAUCUCAAAUAGUAGCACUGUGCAUGUGUGUGCGUGUGUGUGUGUGUGUGUGUGUGUGUGUGUGUGUGUGUGUGUGUGUGUGUGUGUGUGAAGGACCUAUUGAGAAAAAGGGACCACAAAAGGUUUUUCAAAAGAAUGAUUUUUUUUUUUUUGACAAGGGGGACUUCAGCCAAAACCUGGUUACCACAUAUUCUUGUGGAUGUUUUUUAAAUGUAAUCUUUAAACAUUUGACUUUGAUUACUGUGCUUUUUUGCUUGUUUGAUUGUUUGUGUACCCUCUGUUCUGAGCAGCAGCUGAGGCUUCAUGUCCACGAAGAGCACUCUCAUUUGUAUUCUUUUUAUCUUGCGGCCUUCUGCCCUCUUGAGUUGAUGCUGUUACCUGAUUAUCUGCCGUUAAUCUGGCAGCACUGAAGCGUUCCUCGACACCUUAAAUACAUACGGUAUACUAAAAACCAAGGAAGAAUGGCUUUUUACUGUGUGCAUAUUAUAUUUCCAUACACUGUUUCAUCUGUUCUUAAUGAACUAGGUGCCCUGCUCACUGUCAUUUCUGUGGUGCUAACACUUUUGAUCCAUGAACCCUCAAGGGCAGGCUUAAGGCUAUAAGGCUAGACUUUCUCAGGCCAAGGUGAAGUCUAGACCCGAACCUAAACUGUGUUUUCUGGAUUUUGAUUUUUUUUUUUUUUGCCACCCACUCAUGCCACGGCAUUCAGACUGCAGGCUCAGACCAUCCUGGGUUUGACCACCUGGGACAAAGUCCUGCCCUGCCACAGACCACUCUAUGCCUUCUCCGAUCCUAACAGGAGCAGAUCUUAGCCCUAGUCUGUUGUUGAAAAGCGCCAUAUAAAUGCGAUGUGUUGUUGUUGAUCUGUUGGUGUGGAACCUCAGCCUGUGGGUUACUCCAAGUAUGUGGUUCAGCAACAAGCCUGGGUAAGUUAACUCAGUGUACUGUAAGUGGUAAACUUCCUUAAAUAAAGGCCCUGUGGCUUUAUUGUGCUAGGAGAAUCAAAAUCAACCUUUCUAAAGCGCUUCUAUUACCUACACCAAUAUAACCAGAUUAGGGCAGGAUCUGAUGUACAAUUAGCUAAGGUUCUCUUGUAACAGAUGGCUGUAAGAUACUGGCCUGUCUCAGCCUGCUAAUAUGACGUUGUAAGGUCAAUGUAGAUGACCUUUACACAUACCACAGGCCAUCUGAGUAUCAGAUCACAGUGACCCAGCGUUUUACUAAAUUGUUGCUGCAUUUGAUUGUCUGAGGCAGUUUUCUGUUGGCUGAGACAGGUUUUGAUUGGCUGAAGCAUUAUUUCAAUGGACAGCCUCCUCUGAGUGUGGGUGUACCUUUUGCUUAUGUGUUGGACUGUCACAGCUGUUUCGAGGACUGCAAGAACCAAAUGGAAGUUCUGAGGGUUCAGAGAAAUGUAGCAGAAGAAAUACCAAAGGCAUUAGGAAGAUGUUUGAUACUAAAUACAGAUAUCACAGGUUGAGACAAGAGCCAAACUGAACAAUCCAGAUUUAAAACAAAAAAAUAGCAGUUCUGCAGUCAGAGACCACAGUGAGGUAAAUAAUGCAGCCAUUUGAAACUGCGCCGCUGGAAGCACUGUCUGUGUAGACAUGCAGUAAAUGCUACUUUCUUUUUCCUCUGUUUUCUCCCAGUAGAGGAGGAUUUGUUUACUUUACAUGGGGUCUGUGUGUGGACUCUGCAACAGUAGAUCAUUUUUCCACAUUCAGUCACUGUAUCGACGAGCAUUUUGUUUGAAGUGUGGUUUUUGGGUCCGAACAGGACUUCAGGGCACUGUGGAUUUCAAGGAACCCAGAUAGCGUCUGACUGGCCAAGGUCCGUUACAUAGCGGGCUUCCAUUAGGCCUUUAUGACCCGAGCGCCUCCAGCCAGCAAUGAAACCUCCAUCUGUUGUCUUUCUUGGGUGCGUGCAUGUUAGGGCACUGACUCUGCAGCAGCCCAUAGUUUAAUUCCUACCUGGUGUCCGUGUAAUGUGUUCAUUUGUGCUCCAAAGUGAUGUGGUAUUUUUCCCUUUUUAAAAAAAACAUUUUCCCCAAACCAUUUUCAGUGUUGUAGUUGAUGGAGAGAGAGGAAACUGAAGCACUGUUCUCUCCCCGACAUAAGCAUCUCCUUAGUGAUGGAGAUGUUUUUUCUUAUCUACCUUUGCCUGAUGUUUUCAUUCUCCAUUUGAUUGUCCCUGUUUGAGUUUUAUCAUUGGUAUAAUUUCUGUUUUUGUAAGUUUUUUUGUUAAAUUAAUAUGUUCAAUGUUUUUUUUCCCACAUCUAUGUAACCACAAAGUAGGCAUUCUGCUGUUUGUUUAUUUAAAUAAACCAGAUCAAGGUUU